AUGGACUCCCGCAAAAGGAAGCGAGAACAAUACGGAGAAAGCUCAAAUUCUACGAAAAGAGUGCAUCUCAGUCUCUUAAAGCGAUAUCAACGAGUCCGAGACAUCCCUGAAAUCCUUUCAGAUGGAGCCAACUUGGAGACAGGCCAUUUCUGUGGUACUCUCCAGGCUGUCGAAUUUGAGAACCAAAUAUCUACCUUGAGGAUACAGGAUCGCUCUAGAAUGGUUCUCAUAUGCGAUAUCCUUACCAAGUCGCCUAUCUACUCGUUGAACAUGAAAAUUCAGAAACAGAUACAAGUCGCAGUUCGCAAUCCAAAAAAAAUACCUAUGAAAGAGCAUAAAGCGUCACAAUAUGAUCAAAAACUUCAGUUUGAUGAAUAUCAAUUCCUUUUAGGCGGUGAGCUCUUUGAGGACACGAAAGGUGAACCAAGGCUCCCAACACCGAAUUCGAGUGAAUCCGAGCCUAGUGCCCCAGAAAUCCCUCAGCACGACGAACAUAUUACUCGUUCCCAACCAAAUCAAGCCAUUAAAGGUGGUAAUAUAGAAGCCAUCUCUACCCCUAUAUCGAAUGAAGAGUAUAAUACUAUCCUGUCCACCCCAAGACCUUCCACAUGGACACCCAUCAAGGAAACUCUUGAAUCAGAUCUACGAAACAAAAAAAUUGAUAUCGCCGGAGUACCCACAGAUUGGGGCAUGAUGGUAUUUCUUCGGGAUGAAACUUGUAGCGAUAGCGAGUCUCUUGAAGUGAAACUGUACGCAACUGAUAGAGCGCACCUUCCCCCUCUUCAAGACGAGUCUCAUCGGGGCGCUAUCCUCUUGAUUCAUGGAUUGAAGGCUAGUAUCGACAAACGAAGAAAUAAUUCGGCUGUAGGGUUCAAAGGUCAAUGGACUUACGCUUGCUAUUCCAACUCAAAUGAAGCGUUUGUUGAAUUUGGUGAUGAAGCAACUCCUGAAAUUAGGGGGCAGUAUCGUCUACUAGUUCCCGAUAACACUGCCCUGGCCGGGCUUCGUCGCCUCCACUACCUUUCUCGUAUAGGAUUUCAACAGUCAGAACAAGUUCCAUCUCAGUAUGUAGGUGGUUGUCAAUUAAUUGAGGAAUUUCGAGAUGGGGGAUUCUAUCACUGUGUUGUGGAG